AUGAAGUACAGCAAGGAGGCCAAGCCCGAGAGGGCGGGCGGCGGCGGCGGCGGCGCCAGGGCCGUGCCGGUGGCGCUCAUGCUCCUCCUCCUCUGCGGCUUCUCCUUCUACCUCGGCGGCAUGUACAGCACCGGCCGCACCUUCACCUUCUCCUCCACCACCACCAGCAUCAUCCCCAUCGUCUCCACGGCGAAGCAGGAGGGCUCCGCGAUCGCGCUCGCCAUUGCCAGGAACGGCAACGGCGACGACGAGGUCGAGUUUUCAGAGUGCCCCGCUGAUUACCAGGACUACACCCCCUGCACCGACCCCAAGCGCUGGAGGAGGUACGGGAACUACCGGCUCAGCUUCAUGGAGCGGCACUGCCCGCCGCCGCCGGAGCGCGCCGUCUGCCUGGUGCCCCCGCCGCGGGGCUACAAGCCGCCCAUCCGCUGGCCCAAGAGCAAGGACCAGUGCUGGUACCGCAACGUGCCCUACGACUGGAUCAACAGCCAGAAGUCCAACCAGCACUGGCUCCGCAAGGACGGCGACCGCUUCACCUUCCCCGGCGGCGGCACCAUGUUCCCCAACGGCGUCGGCGCGUACGUCGACCUCAUGGCCGACCUGAUCCCCGGCAUGAAGGACGGCAGCGUGCGCACCGCGCUCGACACGGGCUGCGGCGUCGCCAGCUGGGGCGGCGACCUGCUGGCCCGCAACAUCCUGACCGUGUCGCUGGCGCCCAGGGACAACCACGAGGCCCAGGUGCAGUUCGCGCUGGAGCGCGGCAUCCCGGCCAUCCUCGGCAUCAUCUCCACGCAGCGCCUGCCCAUCCCCUCGGCCUCCAUGGACAUGGCGCACUGCUCCAGGUGCCUCAUCCCGUGGACGGAGUUCGGCGGGCUCUACCUGAUGGAGAUCCAGCGGGUGCUCCGGCCCGGCGGCUUCUGGGUGCUCUCGGGCCCGCCCAUCAACUACGAGAACCGGUGGCACGGCUGGAACACCACGGUGGAGGCGCAGAAAGCCGACUUCGACCGGCUCAAGAAGAUGCUCGCCAGCAUGUGCUUCCGGCUGUACAACAAGAAGGGCGACAUCGCGGUGUGGCAGAAGUCCCUCGACGCCGGCUGCUACGACAAGCUGACGCCGGUGACCACCCCGGCCAAGUGCGACGACAGCGUCGACGCCGACGCCGCGUGGUACGUGCCCAUGCGCUCCUGCGUGACCGCGCCCAGCCCCAAGUCCCGCGGCAAGGCGCUGCCCAAGUGGCCCCAGAGGCUGAGCGUCGCGCCGGAGCGCGUCUCCGUUGUCCCCGGCGGCAGCGGCAGCGCCAUGAAGCACGACGACGGCAAGUGGAAGGCGGCCACGAAGCACUACAAGGCGCUGCUGCCCGCGCUGGGGAGCGACAAGGUGCGGAACGUCAUGGACAUGAGCACCGUCUACGGAGGGUUCGCGGCGAGCCUCGUCAAGGACCCCGUGUGGGUCAUGAACGUCGUCUCCUCCUACGGGCCCAACUCCCUCGGCGUCGUCUACGACAGAGGACUCAUCGGCACCAACCACGACUGGUGCGAGGCCUUCUCCACGUACCCACGGACGUACGAUCUGCUGCACGCCGACGGCCUGUUCACCGCAGAAUCACACAGGUAUGUAAUGUGCUGCAGAAUCUUGCCGCCCACAUAUUCAGCCAAGGAAGAUCUCAAGUUGCUAACCGAUUGUCCAUGGCAUUGCAGAUGCGAGAUGAAAUUUGUGCUUGUUGAGAUGGACCGCAUCCUUCGUCCGACCGGCUACGCCAUCAUCCGGGACAACCCCUACUUCCUCGACUCCGUGGCCUCCAUCGCCAAGGGGAUGAGAUGGACCUGCGACAGGCACGACACCGAGAACAAGGAGAAUGAGAAGGAGAAGCUCCUCAUCUGCCACAAGCAGCUCUGGUCGGCAAAGAAGGCAUAG